UUACAUGACGGCCACGUGGGUGGUGGAGAGCAUGGCCUGCGCCAACGCCAUCAACCACUGCCGACGCAUGAAGCAGCUCAAGAAGAGGGGCCAGGUAGCUGAUGAACUUGUGAGCCGUACGCUAGAAAACGCAGAAGCUGACCAGCGAUCGACCGACACCUCCGAAGACCAUGACGAUCACGAUGAAGAGCUUCCACUAAUCACAGAUGGAGUCAUUGAAAGAACUGUCGGGGAAUACUAUGCGAUACAGGAACAAAUCGAGAUGGGUCAGAUGGCAAAAUUGUUUUACUCUACAGUAUGGGUUAAAGUUUUUUACAUUGUGCUUUGCGUAUACCUGUAUGGAGACCUUGCUAUAUAUGAAGCGGCAGUUGCCAAGUCUCUCAGAGACAUAAUCUGUGAUUAUGUGCCUGAGAACUGUACCAAGGAACUGUUAGAUUCUGACCCAUGUUUCACCGAUUCUAGUCGAUCCCACAUGUCCAGAAUGGAAAUGUAUAGAAUCUGUACUUUUAGCUUUGUUGGGGUCAUGGGUCCCUUCGUCUUCUUCAAUCUCACAAAGACUAAGUACAUGCAGAUCUUGACUACCAUCACAAGGUGGCUCGCGAUGGGCACCAUGAUCACGUGGGCCAUUGUGCUCUUGGCGGAAGGGAAGAACCAGGGUCACCCCCCUGCGGCCGAUAUCACCAAGCUCCCUCAGUUGUUUGGGGUGUGCGUAUAUAGCUUUAUGUGUCACCAUUCCUUACCAGCACUCAUAACGCCAAUAAGUGAAAAGAAGUCUAUUUUGAAGCUAUUAGGUGCAGAUUACCUGUUGAUUCUUCUGUUUUACUUGCUGUUGGCAUUUACCGGGAUCUUUGCCUUUGCGCACCUCAAUGACCUUUACACCCUGAACUUCCAGCCAGACAGGUGUAAAGAUGUUGAUACUCCAAUUGCAAUUUACUGUCUUCAGGUGUUCCUACUACUAUUUCCAGUGUUUACCUUAAGCACCAACUUCCCCAUCAUAGCCAUCACUCUGCGGAACAACCUCAAGGGUCUCUUCCUUAGGGAAACGCGACGGUACUCCUUCUUUACUUCACGAUGCCUCUUCCCGCUCCUGGCCAUUAUCCCGCCCACAAUCGUUGGCCUCGUCACCUCCAACGUGGAAUUCCUGGUGGGAAUCACAGGGGCCUACGCUGGCUCCAUUAUUCAGUAUGUUGUUCCUGCCACUUUGGUCCAUUAUGCGAGAAAGAUGACCCUAGAGCACAUCGGCAUGGGGGUGAAGAAUCCCUUUUCCUCGCCCCUUCAGCAUUACAUGUGGCUCAUUGCUAUAUGUUUGUGGGCAGGCGUGUGCCAAAUCUUUGUGACGUUGUAUUUGGUAGGGAAGGACUCAUAUUAGGUGUGUAAGGAAAGAUGAUUUAUGUGCUUGUCACACUGUAUAUAUCCAUUGUAUAUACUGUAUAUACAAGUUUCAUAUUCCAAAAGAAAUACACAAUAGAGGAGUGAAUGUGUAUAGAUUUUCAGCAUUUUUAGAAAUAUUUUAUAUAGAUGAAUUGGGUAUUGCAAUAUUAUGUUAAUCAUAUGGUUAGGUGAAGAAACAUACAAUUUUGAGUUGUACGGACCAUAAAAUACAAAUUCAACAAUAUGAUUUCCUUUUGUUUUAGAGGUGCAUCAAUCAGGGUUUGCUCAGUUGUUGGUCAAUUUUGUGAUUUUAUUUUUAAUAUGGACUAUCAUCCUUUUUUUUUUUAAUGGGGAAAUAAAGCAAUGAGUAACGUGCAUUGCUAAUUUGCCAUACCAAAGAAAGCUAAAGGAGGGAAAACAAAAUAAAGUAGUAAGAUUGUAUGUGUGGAACAUAUCUGGAAGAAAAAAUUAUAAUGUUUUAGCUUAUUUUGAUAACUUUGGCUCUAAUAGUGCCAGUCUUCCUAGCUUGGUAAGACCAUACUGCUUUUGUUAACCUUUUGGUUUCCGUGUGAAACGUUAAAUUUUGGAGAAUAAGAAUGAAAGUAUAUGUAUAUUUUUUCUUUCGUUUUUAUUUUUUGUGGAUUCUGAAGUAUAGAGGGAUGAUUCCAUUUGAAUUUUUUAACUGUACAAGAGAAAAAGAAAAAAAAAUGUCGUAUCAUAAUGUGAUGUAAAAAAGAUGAAAAAGAUAGAUAAAAAAUGUAUCAAACUCGGAUUUUUAAGGAAAGAGAGAAAACAAUAGUACAAAUACUCUUUUUUCUUACUAUUAUUAUUGUUACUUGAACAUAUUAUUCAUUUGAUAUAUAUUUUUAAUUUCUUUUUAAAAUUACCUAUAUUUUCUUCAGGUAGAGCCUAUGAACAUGAAUAUUUUAUACUGAAACCUUCGGUGCUGGAGGUGAUGAAGAAAUAGUCAAAUGCGAAUCAGGUUGAUGGGAAAAGGAGACAGAAAGAAAUUGUUUUAGUGACUUGAUAUGAUUGUAUUUUUAUUUACAGUUUAUCA